UAAUGAAUCGUCUUUUUGGUACUUCUAAAUAAGAACCUCCCAAAUAAUAGCCACCUCCUCCAUAAAAUCCACAAUAACCUAAGGUUAUAGACUUGACAGAAUAAUAAAAAAGAGUAUAUUUCAUUUACUAAAGUAGUCUGAAGCAAAAGUUAAAGAAUUGACUGAAUAAAUAUAAGAAUUGGAUAAACAGAUAAGUGAGCAAUAUUACAAAGCCAAAAACUCUAAGGGUGUUCAAUAAACCACAGCUAAGUCAAGAGCCGUUAUGCUUCUCAAGAGAAAGAAGAUGUAUCUACUUAAACUAAGAUUAGGUUGGAACAAUAAUUAGGAUAAAUGCUUAAUAAUUAAAUGACAUUAGAUUAAGUUGCUUUCACUAAAGAAAACAUUUAAAAUACUCUUGAAAUGGUACUUAAUUGAUUUCUUACAUAAGGCUUAAGCAAUGUAAUAGGUUGUUGCUGUUCAGAAAGAAGCAUUCAAAGAAAUCGAUAUGGAUAAACUAGAUGGUAUUAUAUAUAAUAAAUAUCAAUAGACAUCAUGGAUGACAUGGAAGAUAUGAAGUUUGAAACAGACUAUAUGAAUGAGAUGAUGAAUAGAAAUUAUGGAUGUGAUAUAGAUGAAAGUGAAUUAGAUAGAGAAAUGGCAGAAAUUGAAAACGAUAUGAAUUACAAUGCUUUUCAACCUUAAUAAUAAUAGCAAUAAGCCUCCUAUUAGGUAUUUACUUUAAAUUUAAACAUAGAGUCUGAUGGGAUAAAAACAAGUUUUUAACCCUUAAAUCAAUUGAUU